GUAGGCACUUCCAUAACUUCCUUGACCAAUCUUACGCACCUUCACGUAUUUCUCCAUGACAACUGCAAGGCACUGGAAAAACUCGAAAGUGGGAGACUUGUCCAAACAAGAAGCAGCAAAAAAUAGAGUGAAGCUGAGAACAAGAAUGCUGUAGCAUCGCAUGUGUGGUUUUUAUUCGUAAAGUUACAGGUGCGUUCUAAUGGCGUAGCAAACAAUGAACCCUUCUCCUGCCUCGAAGUAUCAUGUUACUGCGAAAAUCAUUGAUCCACCGAUGGCCAUGGCUGGCCGCUUUCCACGUGCUCUCACAAGUGAAGAUAACGGCGAAGGAUUUCUUUACAAGGGGAGCACUGGUCCAGUCACAAAGGGAGGUCAUGGAUUCCAACGCAAACCUCCACACAUUGACAUGGCUCGAGAGUACGAGGCUGCUGGAAAAAGUUACAAAGCUGCUCGAACCACUAUCGCCACACUAAAUGAACGACAUCGGCAGCUACAAAUUGCACAGGAAGAAGCCUUCGAACGGGAGACACAUGACCGCAAAUUCACUGCCAAUUUCGCCGAGACGAGGCUUGCAACUUGUGGAGUUCCUACACUAAACUCAAUGAGCGUACGUAUCGAGCGUCAACGUGAACUAGCGAAAGUGAAAACCAACGAUAAAAGUCCGAUUAAACUUACCAACAAGAAACUUCGUGAAGUAGCUCAUCGUGACCACCUCAACACGCAGAUCCGAGCUGCAGUACGGCAUUCCUACGGCUCACAAGAACUCGAUCUCAAGUCACUGGAACUUGUACAUAUCCCACGAACGGCUGUGUUUUCAACGCUGUUAUUGCAACUUGCUCGCACGAUUCGGACUGUAAAUGUGUCUCGUAAUGCCCUACGUGAAUUUCCUGAUACUUUUGUCCAAGCGUUUCCAGAAGUCGAGACGAUGGUGUGUAAGGAGAACGCGUUAGCACGGUUACCGCUACGUGCUCUUGGUGAACUACGCUACUUAAGGGUAUUAAAUGUCUCGGGAAACCAGCUCGAUGAACUACCUGAUCUACCAGAAACACUGGAAACACUCGACGCUAGUCGAAAUCGACUGCAAGAUAUUCAAAACUUACAUGUAUUGACAAAACUUAUCACGCUGGACUUGAGCUACAAUCACUUCCAAUUGCUACCGUGCGGACUAAUGGCGCUACACAAGCUGCAAACACUUAUUCUAUCUGGGAACCGCCUCGUGACCCUUGCAACUAGACCUCAACUCCUUCGAAGACGUGACGACACGGUAGCAAAUCCACAGGACGAUGACACUGCCAAAGAACCCACAGAAGAGGAAAAGGAAGCUGAACGUAAGCAGUGGCGAGUCGAAGCGGAUCCGGUCACAAACGAUAAAGUAUAUUUCCACUUGCAAUCGAAACGUGUGACCCGUGCCAAGCCCAAAUGUUUUCAGGUGUUAAUUCCUAAGCUCCAACUUGGAAACCAAGUUCAGAAACAGGAUAAGCGAGCAUUGCUAAAAAGUUAUCCUGAUGGCUGGGAAAUUAUCCUGCCAAGUCCGUUAGAUACCUCAACAGCGCUGCAGUUUGUAAAUCAUAGCACAGAAGAACACUAUUCAACGCUCCCACCGGGGCUUGAUCACUGGGAAGGUGUCGAUCACUUGCAAUUGCUGGUUUUAUCCGGUAAUGAACUGCUGGAUCUCCCGCCUUCGAUUGGAAAACUAAAGCGAUUGAAGCGUCUUGAAGCCGAGAACAACAAGUUAUUAACUCUUCCUGAUGUAUUACAGGAUCUAGUAGCGCUCGAGACGGUUAGACUUGGUAUGAACGGACUGGCAACACUGCCUCCAUCAUUUUCUAAGCUGGUUAACCUGACUGACCUAGAUAUCAAGUUGAAUCGUCUUCGAGAACUACCGGAUCGGUUAGGAGACUUGCAGCAGAUUUGUGUGCUUGAUGCAAGUUCCAAUGCGCUGGAGAGGCUCCCACGUUCGUUUCUAGCUCUCAAGCGGAUUGUUACAUUACGCCUGUCAGGAAAUAACCCACUACUAAGUGCUGGUUUUGCUGCCGAGACUUUGCGAACCGGGAACCUGGCCGAGAUACGAUGGCAGCUCGAACAUCAGAUCGAAUGUGAAAAACACGGAGGGUCACGGCCACCGGAGCCUCGAGCGCGAUUAAUUGGCGUUGGCUCUGAGUGCUGGAGUACUGAUUUGCACAUUAACCGUGAAUUCGCUCGAGCCGUUGAACUUGCUCAAGAAGCUCACACUCUUUCAAUGCACUGGCGCGGCAUCGAGGCUCCUGAACUUCCUCGUAUAUUCUUCACAGCUGUGCCAGAUCUACGCGAACUUCGGCUCUCUGGGCAGAACUUGGACAUUCUUCCUGCGGGGUUCGGGGCAUUCACGAAGUUACGAUUGUUACAGCUCCGACAGAACGAAAUUCGAGCGAUUGCACCUGAAGUGUUUGGAUCGAUUGAGGCACAAAAUGUUACAUCAAAUCUGGGAAUUGGUACGAGUUUGGAGAGUCUAGAUCUUCGCUACAAUCGACUGGAAAUACUACCGGAUACGUUUACCAACUGCGUGAAGCUUCAAGUGUUGCUUGCCAGUCAUAACAUCCUCGCAUCAUUACCAGAGUCAUUGGAUGGGCUUGCAAAUACUCUAACGGACUUGCAGCUAGCACACAACCAGCUAGUAAUAGGCCCACGAGCUGUAUCGUCCCUCCUCGCUCUGGAGAGACUUGAUCUAUCAUUUAACCACAUUGAAACUCUCGACGAACUGGACUUUUCGUUAUUACCACGACUUCAAGUACUGCGUUUGAGUGGGAAUCGCCUAACAGAACUGCCAAUGUCCUUGGGUGGGAUUGGACCUUCCGGUGGCAAACCCCCUCCAAUACGAGAACUUACCUUCGCAGGCAACAUGCUCAUCGAAUUCCCACCUGCUGUGCUACUGUUAGGCGCCACUCUACAGCGACUGGAAAUGCAGAGCAAUCGCUUCGAACGACUACCAUUGAACUUCGGUGCUGCACUUCCAGCACUGGAAAUCGUUGAAAGUGACGGCAAUCCGUUCCGUUCCCCACCAGCUGAAAUUAUGCGUCUUGGAGCGAAAGCUAUCCGUUCGUAUCUACUCAAACGUCAACAGAGAGUAGACGAACUUACUGCGUUACUCAGUGCUCUGGGUCUUGUCUUCGAUCGAGACUCUUUCGACAAACCGACCAUGCGUCAUCUCUUACCUCCAGACGUACCGUUAACGAGUCUUCCGUUCCUAACAGCGAAGCAUAUUACAGUCUUUGACCGUGCAAUUGAUCGCUACGUGAACGGCGCGUUCUAUCUCCCUCCUCCACCUCUCGGAACAGGUCCACAAUUCCGUAGAGGUGUGGAUAUUUUUCAAGAAUUGUUGCUUAGAAAACAUUUCGAAUUGGCACAAAGACACCAUCGUACAGUUCUCGAGGAACUUCUCCAGUUACUUGGAUUAAUUCGUCAGAAACGCUGGGCUGAUAAGACUGAUCUAAGGUACGAUAUGUUGCGACCAUGGGGACGUAAAGGGGAACUGGUUGGCGUCUAUACGGUACGCGGGUCUCUACUCUUCCCGGAUGACUACAAAGCUGACGAUGGACGAGUUCGACCACCUUUAAGUCCCGAUAAAGAGCUUCCAAGUGUGCUGAAAGUCGUAGAAACCCGCACACACCGUGGGUUCCCACCUGAGCCUUUCAUUGAAAACAAACGUACACUACGUGACGUCGAACGUGCCCUGGAUCAGUAUGUCGGUCAGUACGGACCUGUAGGAGUUGUCCACGCUAAUGUGCCACUGCGUUGUGGCUGUGACGAGCUGCUACGCUUUGGUAAGAUGCAUGAUCCGUGCGAACAACCAGGCUGGACGAUCGUGCGCGUAUUAUACACUGAAGAGGAAGUCGCACGUCGAGAACAGGACGAAAAGAGACUGCAAGAAGCGCAAGACGCACUACUCCCUCAAAUCCGUGCGUUCCUUGAGACUCCGGAAGGUGAAAAGCGAUUCCAACGCGAAGUUGGAACUGCUAAGAAUGCGUUAAGAGUGCAUCUCCGUGUUCUUACAAAGCAGUUAAAGAUCCAUCGUGCCAAGUUGAAGCCACUUGCCAAAGCUCAUGCGAAAGAAGAGAAACUGGAAAAAAAGAUGCAACGAGCUGCGGAAAAAGCAGCCAAGUCUGGCAAGGAGGUUUCUAUGAAGAACGCAGAGACGCUAGGGGAGUUGAAGGCCAGGAUUGCCAAGCGUGAGAAGCUCGAGUUCGCUGAAGCUCGUGUCCGUGAAGAUAUCGAGGAGCUGGAACGUGGAAAAGCUCGACUUGGUCAGGGUCACGCCGCUUUUCGACACGAAGUGGAACAGAUUUUACUUGAAAAAGUUGGCGCUACCGUGCGGCAACAUCUUGUACGGCAGCAACGGGAUAAGGCUAUCGCUAUGGGUUGGCGUCGUCCUUGGGACGGUAUCGGUGGACGCGCUUUCGAGCGUUAUCAACGGGAGAUUCUUCGUCACAAACUAGGUGGAGUGGACGAAGAGGGAGCUGCCGCAGGGCCUGAGAGCGUCACGAAAAACGUUAUCAAACCUGACACGAAAGACAAAUCUGAGAGUGAUGAGAACGAAGAAGAUGACGCGGUGAGUGAUGAUAACAGCGAGAUUAGUGACGUUUCUUUCGACGGGUAUGAUGAUUUAGUGGCAAAUAUGGUACGAGAAGACGAUGACGAUGACGAUGACGAGGAGAGCGCUGCAAUCGCUGAAGCUGCAAGAGCUGCUGCAAUGGCAGCAUUGGAAGCGGAGGAAGCGGAGAGAGAUGCAGAAGAUCUGGACGAUAUCAGCUCAGACGAGAGCGAUAAGCAUGAAUCUGAGGAUAGCGAUCUCUAAUCUGAAAGUAAAGAGAAGGUGGGGAUUGGACUGGCAAGCUGGAAAUGGUUCAGUGUAUUGCCCACAUGAUGCUAUUCUCACAAAUACAGCGGCUGCUGCCCAUGCUGCUGCUGCUGAUAGCGAAGGUUAUACCCUCCGUUGGUGGCAUGCUGCGCUUGUUCGGCCGCAACUCGAUUGGCGUUUCGGAUCGAAGGCGACGUGCUUCGCUUCCGCGGCGCACGCAUCGACACGCCGUCGAUUACCGGGUAUCGUUCUGCAAAAGAAGGUGUGCGCGGCGUCUUCAAUAGCGUCUGCAGCACUGCGUCACGCCGGCCUGGAUUUUCAUGCAAAUGGCGGAAUUUCUUGAAAACUUUCAUGGCGUACCGAGCGUCGAUGACCGGAUCGUGAUCCGCUUCCUGAAUGUCCUGCCCAAGCAGAUAUUUGGCCACGUGGCGCAACGAAAAAUAGCGAUAGCGCACCACUCCGUUGGUCGACUGCAUUGGUAAACGGAAAAGAUCAGCCACAUCGAACUCGCCCUUGUAGUCCGUCGGCUUCUGAAGCGUGAGCCAUUCCAGAUCCUUCUUGAUGGACUGACCCACAAUAACGCUUUCCACAGGCAGAAUUGCCUUCAACCGCACAAGGGCCUCUUUUAGGUCUGGCGCAUCCUUCAAGUUGCUUUGAAAAAGACUGUGUGAGGUAGCUUACGAUAGGCUUGGUAGGCUUGACGUACUGGUCGAACACCACCUUCUCGUCCUCAUCCACUACGGCAAUACGCGCUACAUCACGGUCACUGGCCAAACCACGUCAACAUUAACUUCAACAUGAAAAAAAAAUCAACCAUUACGCCGCGUAAUUUACGCACUUGGUGCCAUUGCCCGUGGCAACACACUCGACGUCAAUCGCGAAAAACUGGAGACAAAAAGGUAACAAGCACCGUCAAUACUGUACCCAGAAGUUGAACAAAUAGUUGCUUUUGCCGCACCGGUCCUUCAAUAUCCCUCGUCAACACUGGCAAAAUCUCGCUGAUCGUUUCCUUUUUCUGCGGAUUCGCUUGAAUCUGCAGUUUCCUUUUGGGCUUGGCAACGACAGUUGCCGCAUUCUCAUCGUCAGGCUCAGGCGCUACCAUCAUCAUUGGCGGCGGCAGCCCUGGGUGGUUGUAAAAGACAGCGCCACCACUGGCCACCGCCACGGGAAAGUCCUGCGGUAAUGGGGGCGCCGCCAGCUCGUCGUAGGCCGCGAACUCGGGCGCCUCCGGGCCGCUGGUCUCCGCCGCAACGUGCAUGAACGGGCAGUUUGUGCCGUUGCGACAGCCGCUAUCGGACGCGAAGAAGUGGCACGUGCGCGGUUGAGUGGGUGCGGGGAUGGAGCCAUUGGCGUACGGAUUGGCGGCGCUCAGCAAAACGUCGCUCGUGGCUGCCUCGCCGUCGUGGCGGAAGGUGCACGAGGCCCCACGGAAGCAGCCCUGCGGCGACUGGAAGAAGCGGCAGGCGCUGGAGCUGCUCAUAGCGGCGGGAGGGUGACUGUCCCUAGACUAGUGCGUGGUCCGGCCUUGGUCUCUGUAGCAGUGGAGGGAUGGAGAAGAAGCGCCGAUUGGGUAAAAUAAGAAGAAUUUAUGUGCGGUAUACUCAGAGCGAGUGUGGUCCUCUGCCGAGGUGGCCAGCUGCAGGUGUAAAUGCUCACCCGCUGUGGCGUGAACUGUGGCAUCGGCCACUGAUUCUCAGGCAGAUGUCUCUGUUGUCUGCGUUGGGAGUGUUAGUGUCGAGGUUGUACGUCUCCCUGAAGCUUUUCCCGAGAUCGUCUGGACAAGCGAAAACAACUCGAUCUGGAUCAGAGCUAUACUUCAGACCACGUCCUUGCCCCAUGGAAGACUCCAAAGGUGAAGCUCCCUGAUCAAGACCUAAAAGCUGUAAAAGCUGGGUGUGGUCGGUGUGGCUGUAUUUGCGCUGCUCGGUACAUUCAAGUACUUGUCUGAGGAGUUUGAAGUGACCGAUAGGAAUUAUCGAGGGCGGCACGCCAAGACUACCUACGGAACACAGAUCGGAGUAAGUACAGCACGGAGCUAUUACAUGUACGUGCUGGGUCCAUGGACUCUGUAGCUCGAUAUCUCCUUAAGUAUUGCCGAUCGUCACAGACGUGUGCCCAUUCAUCGGCACGUGCAGCUGGAGACGCGCCGCAAUAUCAUUGUCAUCGCAUCUGCAGUCGACGUGUUAAACGCGCGUAUCGCUGUGUGCGUCCUCACCGAAUUCCAUUCAAGAUGCCUUUGAAGAGCAACUUCACUCGUUGCUACAGUCCCGUCACAUAUUUUUUUUCGCCACAUCUCAGAGAAAAAGCAUUUGUUUUCAUAAAGAAAGCGCUUUUGUGAAAAUCAGAUGCGAAAAGUGC